CUGUCAUGUAUCUUUUCUUGACUCUAGCUGCUGCUCCGUAUCCCACGCUCGCUGGCUGGCUGGCUGGCUGGAUCGUGUGCUCUUCUUCAGCAGCAGCAGCUUGAUGGUUGAGGCUGAAGAUUCAAGGGCGCUUCCAUCACAAGCUUCUGGCCCGAUGCCGCAUGCGUGCAUCGCGUACCAACAGCAGCACUCCUGGACCGUACUGGACUGUAUUACAUGUCUACAUAUGUAUGUAUGCACAGCACAUGUGCAUGCACUGUAGGACUACCAUCACGUACAUGUGUACAUGGCUGCAGAAGCAUGUAUGUUUGGUAAACUACGGCUCGGCUAUGGCUCUACAUUGCAAGUCGUCGUCCAUGUCGGCAGCUAAUGAUUUUAGAGGGCGGGAUGACGCUAAUCCGCUAGAGACCUUCUCCUUCAUUGUGCUAUAGACUACGUACUUACUAUCCACUACCGCUGAGGCAAUGUCGGGAUGAUGACAUGAAACCACCACUCCUGCUCCUAGGCCCCCACAAGACAACACCACGUUGACGCACACUUCCUCUGCAUCCAUCUGCUCACCCUUACCAUACAUGAUAUUAUCUGCUGCUUUCUUCACCGGAAUGCCCCCUUUUGCUUCUCCCUAACUUUCUGUCUGCUUCGCCUACCACCCUCCUCCUCCGCCCCGUUCCGCUGUUUCCGAAGCUCACACUUAUCUCCAUCCCAUAUCUCCAAAAACCACCUUGAACCGGCUGCACACCAUGCCCGUCGAAGAUAAUGCAGACUACGAUGCACGCGCUCUUGCCCUGCCCAUCGAUGACGACGAUUCCUCCCCCGAGCGAGGUGAUGCGCCAACAUGGUCUCGCCGCUCCACCACCUUCCGCCAGAAUAACUCCACAUACUCGCGCCACCAGCAGCCUUCACGGAUACGCUCGUGGAUGGACAAGUAUAACAAGUUCAACGACCGCGUCAUAACCCAGUAUAAUCGCUUGACCCCAGUACAAAAGAUCUUAGUGUGGGCCGGUGGAAUCACUUCAUUCGUGCUGGGUAUACUGUUCAUGGUGUACAAUGAGCGCAUCUUCCACGCAUUGCGUCCUGCCGCGAAGAAGUGGCACGAUGUCCCUGGUGGAUGGCUGGUUCUUUGGGCAUUGAUAUUUGUCGUUUCUUUUCCACCAUUGAUUGGAUACUCGACUCUUUUGACAAUUGCGGGUUUUGUCUAUGGAUUCCCCAACGGAUGGUUCAUCGCCGCAACAGCGACCGUAGCAGGCAGCACAGCAUCCUUCAUCGUCUCGCGCUCCAUCCUCCGCAAAUUCGUCGACCGCCUCCUGGCCAACGACACACGCUUCGCCGCGCUGUCCCUCGUCCUCAAACACGACGGCAUCAAGCUCCUCGUCAUGGUGCGCCUCUGUCCACUCCCCUAUUCGCUCUCCAACGGCGCCGUGGCCACUAUCCCCACCGUAACAUGGCAAGCCUACGGCCUCGCCACCGCCCUCGCAAGUCCCAAACUCAUGCUGCACAUCUUCAUUGGCAGCCAGCUCGAAAAGAUUGGCGGCGGGGACGGCAAAAUGGACGGCAAGACAAAAGCCCUGAGUUACAUUAGCAUCGCUAUCGGUGGGCUCGCUGGGAUCGCGACGGGCUGGUUCAUGUACCGGAAAACGAAGCAGCGCGCCGCACAGCUCGAGGAAGAGGAACGACGCGGCAUCAGACGGACGUCUGUUGAAGACCUCGAGCGCGAUUACGCGGAUGACCCUGCCGCUUUGGAAGCCGCGUCGACUAUUGUAAGAGAGGAAGACGAUGACAUCUCGCUCAGGUCGGGAUGGGGCGAUGGCUACCAUGACGAGCCUACGGAUGUCGAGGACGAUGCUUUGGAGAUCCCGGAUGAUCCGUUUAGUGCUGGAGACGAUGAAGAUGAUGCUGUCGCUGGUGACGACCACUAUUCGGACAGACAACCUGGGCCGGGGAAGAAAUAG